AUGAACCACUUUUUCACCCGCUCAAAAGGCUCCGCGCCGACCGAGCCGAUCGACCCAGAGCUCUGGGUGAUAAUUUAUCCCGAGAAGCUUCCCAAAGAAGGCAACGUGCCUGAUGAGAAGAAGAUCAACGCCCUCACGAACCUACCAUCCCUCAAAACAUGGGUCCUCGAAGAUCUGAAGCGCGCGGACGUCCCAGGAUGGGAGGUUAUAAAUGCCGGCAGGAUCACAUACAAGGAGGCUGAGGCAAGGUACAGGAUCGAUGAUGGAGAUCCUGUGGAAAUUCCAAAGGGCCGAGAAUGGGACUCAGACGGGAAUGGACGAUGGGCUACGUAUGGAGGUACGUCGACGUACGCAGAGUCGCGUAAGAACUUGUAA